AUGGUCAGCAACAGAAGAUUCUCAAAACUUUUCAAAGUUUCUCUCGUACUAGUCGCCGUUUUAACUUUUGUCAUCCUAAGACAUCACAAAGAUGAAACUGCUAAAGUAUUGCAAAACUACACUGACGCCGUCAGCUCAUACAUCGGAGACUCAAUAGGUUCAUUAACUGGCUCCUCUACAGAUACUGCCUCCUCCUCCUCCUCCACCACCACCAACGACGACAAUAAAGAAACUCAACUAGAGGAUGCCGACGACGACGACGAUGACGACGAAUUGAACUUCGUCCAGAUGGAAGAAAAAAGACUAAGAGAAAACAUGAAAACUUUCUAUUCAAAAGUUUACGAUCUACUGAGAUCAGCCGGUCCAGAAGGAACCUCAGAUAGAAAGUACGGCCAGGACUGUCCCCUAGACUCAGAUAUAGGCCAAAGGAAAAACGACGUCCAUAAAUGGAACGUCCUAACACAAGAUAAUUUAUCAAAAUGUCUACAGAUCGACGAAGAAUCUCUAGCCAUGUUGAAAAAUUCCCAUCGCAAAUACAUCGACGGCUUGAAAGAAUUGGGCUCAUCUCCAGAUAUGUAUUCCGGCGACGGUAUCGUUCUAGUGGCAGGUGGGAAAUUCUCACUCUUAUCCACUUUGGUAAUUAAAACUAUCAGAAAUUUGAAAAUUAAUUUGCCUAUCGAAGUAUUCAUCCCUCCAAUGGACGAAGGCGAUGACGAGCUCUGUAACACUCUAUUGCCAAAGUACAACGCCAAAUGUAUCUUCCUGUCAGAUUUCCUACCAGAGGACAAGAUCAACGAGGAUAUAAAGAUAGAUGGGUACCAAACGAAGGUCGUCGCAAUCGCUGCCUCCAGUUUUAAAAACGUACUGCUUCUAGACGCCGACAACUACCCAAUCAAAAAUAUUGACGACAUCUUCUACUCAGAACCAUACUCUUCAAGAGGUCUGAUCUUUUGGCCGGAUUACUGGAGACGUUCCACUUCUCCUUCUUACUACGACAUCCUGGAUCGUGACAUCUCCCAAAAUGAACGUGUUCGUAACAACCUAGACGAUAUAACUCCUCCUUCGGUUUACACAGAAGACUUGAAAAACCAUAAAGAUAUACCAAUGCAUGAUUUCGAAGGAACCCUGCCAGACGUAUCCACAGAAUCUGGUCAACUAAUGAUAAAUAAAGAAAAACAUCUAAAGAGUCUAUUACUGGCAAUGUACUAUAAUAUGUAUGGACCAAACUGGUAUUAUCCAAUCCUAACUCAAAAGGCUUCAGGUGAAGGUGAUAAAGAAACUUUCAUCGCAGGUGCGAAUUUCUUCAAUUUGCCAUUCUAUCAAGUUAAAAAACACGUAGGCACAGACGGUUACACUCGUCCAGGUGGCUAUCGUGGGGUUGCAAUGUUUCAACAUGAUUUCAUUCAAGAUUAUACUGCUUACGAAAAUGCAAAAACUUUCAUCGAAAAAAAAUACCCAAACACCAAACAAGAUAAAAUAGAUAAAGAAUAUUCACCUUUUGACUUCACUGACAAGUUCUUUGAAGAUGAGCAUGCUGACCCAGUAAUCGAUGUUAUGUUCGUUCAUGCUCAUUUACCAAAAUUCGAACCUGUUGCAUUAUGGGAAGAAAACGAUCUAAUGCAAGACGGUAGUCAUGUUCGUUCUUAUACAAAAUACGACAAACUAAACCAUUACGAUUUAGAAAUGGAAAAUUUUAAAGCAUUAGAAGAAUUGUUGUGUCUUGAGAAACCAUUCGAAUUUAAAUAUUUGAAAGAUAAACUUUCAGAUGAUAAAGAAAAAUGGCAAGGCCUUUGUAAAUAUAUUAAAGACAGACAUAUCUUUAUGGAAAAGACUCAUGAAGAACAUUUCUCAUAA